AUGACAACAUUAAUAAUAAUAGGACUAUACGGUAGAGUUUUUGUAGAAUGUGAUGUAAAACAACAACAACAACUACAACCAAAACCAAAACCAAUAACUAUACCAAUAUAUAGGAGAAGCAAACAUCCUGCACCAUCAACUGCUACAAAAUAUGAUACGCUGGUUGACCAAAUGUCAAAAGAGGAGAAACCACCAAGAUCAAAGAAAUCACCAUUUCAACAUUCUCGUUUGGGUUACAAUACCACCACGACAACAACAGAAGAGACGAUGAAAGGAGGUAUGCGAUUCCACGCCUUCUUCUUUCCAGUUUGGAUAGGUGAAGGUGCACAUAAACAAAUGUUUAUGGUUGAUUUGGAUACUGGUAGUACUACUCUGGCUAUUCCUAGUGCAGAUUGCAAGUUAUUCUAUGAAGUUGGAGUACCAACUAAUUGUUCAUGUUCUCAAUCGUCUAUUACCAAUCCAUAUGAAUACGGUCCGUCAGCUGUAUCUGUGCAAUGCUCCAACAACAAAGAGUGUCCAAAAAAUGAAUAUAUACCAGACACACUUCAUUGUACAGCGGACAAAAAGUGUCAGUUUGUCACUGGAUAUGCUGACGGCUCCUUUCUUUUGGGUGCAUUUGUUAAAGAUACUGUUUCCUUUGCUGGUCUAAGUGUAACAGCUAAAUUUGGUGCCAUUACACAACAAUCUCUAAGAUUUAAUCAACAAGAUUGUCCUGUAACAAAUGUUUCAAUGGUUAAUAAAAUGGAUGGUAUCUUGGGGUUGGCAUACAAGUCACUUGAGCCAGCUGGAGGAGAUGAUAUAUUCUCAUUAAUGGUCCAAAAACAUGGUAUCGAUAAUUCAUUUUCUAUUUGUUGUUCACAAAAUGGUGGAGUAUUUGUAAUGGGUGGUGCAGACCCUGUUAUGAAUACUACAAAGAUGACGUACACCAAAAUUAUACAGGAACUAUAUUAUAGUAUUCGUGUACUAGAUUUAUUGGUUGAUAAUAGUUCAGUCAUUUCUCCCCAAUCACAAGAUAUUUUAUCAAAAAAUCCGUCUGUUGUUGAUACUGGUUCAACAUUAUUAAUAUUAGAUGUUUCGGUAUACCUUGAUUUAAUACGUUAUUUGAAAUCAAAAAAAGAGUAUAAGGAUUUGGCUGGAUUCUCUGAAGGUUCCUACCUUUGGGGUGGCUAUUGUUAUGACUACUCAGAUGAUGAGAGUUAUAUUGACAACUAUCCAACCAUUUCUUUGACCAUGCCCGGUGAAGGUAGCAAUGAUCCCGACUUUAGAAUUGAAAUUGGCCCUCGAUCAUAUUUGGUUCAAGACAAUGGGCUUUGGUGCUGGGGAAUCGUGUAUGGGGGUUUCGGCAGCGGGCAAGCCAUGAUUCUGGGUGAUGUGGCUCUCCAAGGACACAAUGUUCACUUUGACAGAGGAAACAAGCGAAUAGGGUUUGCAGAAGCAUCGGAUCGAUGCAAUAAAAAGAGUGAAGACAAACAAUACUAUAUCGAUCCAAUGACUGUAGUUGGAGCACUACCCACAUUAAACGACAACAACGACAAGAAGAACAAGAAUGAAAUCGUAUCCAUUCCACUUAUUGGCAAGGUCAAAGUAAUCGAUGACAGCUUCUCAAAGCAAUCGAUAAACAACAACCAAUCUUAUUUGGUGGUACCUACCAAUUUGACAAUUGUCAUUACAGUCAACCAAUGUCAUUUCUUGGAGAGUGGACGACCAACCAUCACCAAAUCACCAGAUAUAUAUGGAUACUUUUCAGUGAUUGUUCAGUGUGACAAUAGUAAUCAAUACAAUCACUUUUUAAAGGAAUCAGAGUUGGGUGCUGCCAUCUAUGAUGAGAAUGGUCAAAUCAUUUCAAAUAAGGCUUAUUCUCAUCCACGUGUAACUGACAGUGGAAGAUCCAAUUCAAGCAAUCAUGACACCGAUCGAGACAAUCACAAGUCAUCCAGCACAGUAUACUCAACAUUAUUCUUUUUGAUGGUUGGUCUAUUCAUUGUAUUCUGUGCAGCCAUUGUGGGUAGAUACAUGUAUCAAGAUUACUUUACAAAAUCCGCAAAAUAUAUCCGACCAUCAAAUGGAGAGGACCAAUUGGUAAUCUCACCUCUUCAAAACCAACAACAACAUCAACAACAACAACAACAACAAAAUAAUGCCAUUCUUCAUAGUAAUCCAGUAAAUCAUAACCAUACUAUUCAUCAAUCAUUAUUACCUCAACCCAAACAAGAAAAUGAUGAUGAUGAUGGCGAUGAUUCAGUCUAA